GCUUCAGGGUGACUCUGCUCACCUUUACGGACCUUGACCUCGAUAACGACGAGCUUGGUGGUACCUUGGGCUGGUUUGAGCACAGCCAAAGCUACAAGGUGGUCGCCUAUCAUGUCUUCCUGGCCACGGACGAAACUGGCUCGAACCGCUUCCGCAUCAGCAAUGGGACAGGCAUCCCCCAAGGAAGCAACGAGUUCGACGUGGAGCCCGACACCACGGUCGACCCAACUUUAGUUGAAGGUGUGGCUUCGAGGCGUGAUGCAUCCACGGAUUCCCUGCGCCUAAUCCCCGAGACGCAGCUGGUGGAAGAGAACACACCUGCAGCCCUGGCCAUCUCGGACACGUUCGUUCAAGCGCAGCAGGUUAGCUUCACCGAUCUAGACCUGGACGUGAACCAAUUCGGCGGGAAUUUGACUUGGCAGCAGCCUUCUCUGGACGCUGGCCUGAUCACCCACUACAUGGUGUACUUCGGCUUGGACGCCGCUGGCCUGAACAACCGUUAUUUGUUCACCUACGUCCCACAGCCAUUCUCUGAAAUUGCCAUUCCGGCGGAAACAUCGCUCUACCACCCAAGUUACUUCGGUUCGGACAACACCAGCAUGCUCUUCGCUGCUUGCCUGCAGAGACUGAACUACCUCCUCGUCUAUGCGCGCUCGACGCUGGCAGAGCAGACGACGCCGGCCUACGUUGGAAUCAUCGACUCGGACAUGCCGGUCAAAGAUGUGUUCUGGGUGGGCGAGGACCUGGACAUCAAUGACCUGCAGGGCACGUUGCAGUGGACGCCGCCGGAGAACAUUUCGGGGGAAGUAAUCACGCAACCGGACUUCAACUUUUUGCUU